AAUCAUCGCUCAUAGUUUUGUUUGUAAUUUGUUAAUAGAGGCAAAAAUGUUGGGCAUCCCGAAGGGGCUUUUGGUAUUUUUCUUGCUGGUGACACUUCUCGGCUCGUCGCUCAGCAUCGCAAACGAUUUCAUUCAACAUAACGAUAUAUUGUAUUCUGACAAUAAUGAUCUGCUAUUAAAUAAAGAAUACCGGCUGCUAAAAUCAGUUAUACCCAUAGCCUAUGACAUUAAAUUCCACGAGAUAAAUUUCUCCAGCUUCACUUUCAAUGGCACCGUCAAAAUAAAUGCACGGAUAAUAGAAGAUACUAAGGAGAUCGAACUGCAUCUAGGAAAUUUGACAGCCUAUGUAACGUCCUUAAUAAAUCUGGCAGAUAACAGACGAUUAAAUGUUGCCGCGAUGAGCUACAACACAACAACCGAAAAAUUUAGUAUCUUUUUAUCAGAAUAUCUGCAGCCAUCGGAGCAGAUUAGCAUUCAACUAAUUUUCAACGGUACAUUGCGAGAUGACAUGAUCGGAUUUUACAAGAGUUCGUAUAUCGAUGAUUAUGGAGAAGAGAGAUGGUUAGCAGCAACUCAAUUCGAAAGUACUCACGCAAGACAUGCUUUUCCUUGCUUCGAUGAGCCAGCUUUAAAAUCGACAUUCAAUAUAAGCAUUUUCCGACCGGAAGGGUAUAGCUGCUUGAGUAAUAUGGCAUUAAAAGUUGUGGGAAAUUGGUGUAUAUUUAGCGAAUCCGUGGUCAUGUCGACUUAUUUGGUAGCGUUUGUAAUCUCGGAUUUCUCAUCCUUGGCCAAGGACGACUCGUCCCUUAGAAUCUGGUCUCGGCCAAAUGCCCUGAACCAGACCCACUUCAGCUCGGGUAUCGGUGCGGCGGCUCUCGCUUACUUCGAGGAUCUAUUUAACGAACCUUAUCAACUGCCGAAAAUGGACAUGGUGGCGUUGCCGGAUUUCGCGAGCGGCGCCAUGGAGAACUGGGGCCUUAUCACAUACCGUGAGACGUCGCUACUCUACGACGAAGUCGAAUCGUCGACGGCCGUUCAGCAGAGUAUCGCCGCCGUCGUAGUGCACGAGUGUAGUCAUAUGUGGUUCGGUAAUCUUGUCACGCCCGACUGGUGGAGUUAUCUUUGGUUGAGCGAGGCCUUUGCCAGAUACUACCAGUACAUGGCUAUGCACAAGAUAGAAAGUAGCUGGAAGAUGAAUCAACAAUUCCUGGUUGAGCAGUACCAAGUUGCUUUAAACACCGAUAGCUUAGAAAAUUCUGUACCAAUGACGCGUGCCGUAUCUUCCCAAGCAGAGAUUAGAAAGAUGGGAGGUAUCAUUACUUACUCUAAAGGUGCAAGUAUUGUACGGAUGAUGGAGCAUACCUUUGGAACGGAUAUAUUUAAUUCUGCAAUACGUGCUUAUUUAAAAGAUAGAAAGUAUAAAUCAGCCAUGCCCCAUGAUUUAUGGAAAGCACUUCAAAAGCGUAUAGAUGCCAAUCAACAUUCGAAAUUCAAUUUAUCCGUCGCUACGAUCAUGAAAACUUGGACGGACCAACCCGGUUUCCCAUACAUAACAGUGACCAUUAAGCGCGAUUGCAUUAAAUUCAGCCAACAGAGAUUCUUGCUUCAAAAUCAAAAUACUGUGCCUUCCGAUUCGACGUGGUGGGUGCCAAUAACCUGGACGCUGUCGAGUCAAGCUAACAGCACAAGUCAGUCGACAAAACCAGUUUACUGGCUCGAUACCAAUAAAAAUAAAGACGAGGACUGGAUGAUUAUUAACGUGCAAUCUAUAGGAUUUUAUCGCGUACAGUACGAUAAGGAUACAUGGAAGAAAAUUAUCCACGUUCUAAAGAGCGAUAAUUUUGAAAAGAUUCACGAAUUGAAUCGCGCCGCUAUUGUGGAUGAUUUGCUAAAUCUCGCGAGAGCUGGAAUACUUGACUAUGAAAUCGCUCUUGAAGGACUUCAAUACCUUAAAAGAGAAACAAAUUACUUGCCUUUCAAGUCCGUCUUUUCAGGACUAGACUAUUUGAUUAGAAGGUUCAGCACAAGUCCUGAUUAUGAUAUUUUCAAAAAAUAUGCGAUGUCUUUAUUUGCAAAUAUAUACAAUAAAAUAGGUUUCGAUGAUAAUUUGGCAGAUGAUCAAUUUACAAUUUUGUUGCGACAAACAAUUAAUAAUAGAGCUUGUAAGCUCGAGCAUCCCGAGUGCAUCGAAAAAUCUCAAACUUACUUUUCAGAAUGGAGAAAUAAGAAUAUACCCAUUUCGAAAAAUCAAAGAUCAGUGGCAUACUGUAACGCAAUAAAAUAUGGUAGCACCGCUGAUUGGGAAUUUUUGUGGAAAAAAUAUAAAAGUUCCAAUGUCGCAACGGAGCAAGUGAAUAUUUUAUAUGCACUUGGCUGCUCCAGGGAUACUAAAAUACUUGAAAAAUAUCUUUUAAUAGCCUUAACAGGAUUUAAAAAUAGUUACAUACGCAAGCAAGAUAUUACAAAUCUUUUCAGCGGAAUUUAUACUAAAGAUGAACAAGGGGCAGAAUUUAUGAUUGACUUUAUUGAAAAGUAUAACAAAAAUAUUUUUAAAUACUUUAAUAGUUUUGAUGAAAUUGGAAACUUCAUUAUGGGAGCGCUGCAGUGGCAUCCAACGGAAAAGCUAAUUCACAAAGUCGAAAAGCUAUUGAACAAUAAUGAAACCUACCUCAAUUCCAUCAAACCUUCCAUAGAAAAGACUUUAAAAAUUGCAAAUUUCGAGCUUGAUUGGUUUAAUAAAUACUCUCCCAUUAUAAUCAACUCGAUAGCUUCUGAUGAUUGUCACACGGCUUACCAACUGCCUGAUAACAUAAUUCCUAGUGCUUAUACGAUUCAUUUGGCCCCCUUCAUCAUUCCGAACAAUUUCACUUUCAACGGUAUAGUUAAAAUAUUUGCCAAAGUAAAUAAAAGCACAAGGAAAAUUGUACUUCACGCUGAUCAAUUGACGAUCAAUGACUUGAAGGUUUAUCAAUUUAACGAGGAAAAUGAUUUUCCCCACCAGCUAGCCGUAUUAAAUGUAUCGCAAAUGGAAAAAUAUCAUUUCUUGACUAUUAUUAUGGAAAAGCCGAUCAAAACUGGUACAGACAUUAGCAUUAACAUAGCGUAUACAGGAGUACUAAACACAGACAUGAGGGGAUUCUAUAGAAGCUCUUAUACUAGGAAUAAUCAAACUCGAUGGUUGGCCGCAACGCAUUUGGAGCCAGUGGCUGCACGAAAAGUGUUCCCUUGCUUCGACGAACCCGCCCUGAAAUCUACUUUCGACAUAAGUGUAGCUGUACCGAAGUAUUAUACCGCCAUUAGUAAUAUGCCGGUUAAAUCACAGUCGGCAACCGGAAUUUGGAAAUUCCACCAGACUCCAGUGAUGUCAACGUAUCUGGUGGCUGUAGUGGUAAGUGAUUUCCAGUAUCAACAGCACACCAUCGACGAUCGGGUUUACGGUGUCUGGGCAAGCCCUCCGAUGGCCCAGUAUCUCUCCUACUCGCUCGAGGUUAUGCAGCCGAUAAUCGAGUUCCUGGAGACGAGAUUAUGCAUCUCUUACGGGCUUCCCAAGCUGGAUAUGGUCGCGCUACCGGAUUUCGUAUCCGGCGCAAUGGAGAACUGGGGCCUAAUUACAUAUCGCGAGACUAACAUGUUGUACGACGGGGGAGAAAGCUCGAGCAUCACAUCGAAGCAGGCGGUGCACAAUAUCAUCGCCCACGAAAUUGCACACCAAUGGUUUGGCAAUCUAGUCAGUCCGCUUCGAUGGGAUUAUCUGUGGCUUAGCGAAGGCUUCGCGAGAUACUUCCAGUAUCACGCCCAUAGCGACGCUGAAGCUUUGUGGAAUUUGGAAACACAAUUUGUUGUCGAUCACUUGCAAACAUCAUUUUCACUUGACGCGUCGGGGAGUACACAUCCAGUCACUCACAAAGUCUACAGUCCCAGUGAAAUCAAAGCGAUAUUUGAUAAAAUAUCGUAUGGCAAAGCUGGAAGUUUAAUUAGAAUGAUGGAAAAAUUGGUCGGAUCGGACACAUUUUACGACGCCUUAAAUCAUUAUCUCCAAGACCGGCAAUAUUCAACAGGAACGCCGCAAGCCUUAUUCUCUGCCUUCCAACAUGAAAUCAAACCCAAUAGUGCAACGAAAUUUAACGUAACUAAAGUUAUGAAUAGUUGGACUCGACAAUCGGGCUUUCCGGUAGUAAAUGUUGCUUUUAAAAAUAAUAAGGCCACGCUAACGCAAACGAGAUUUUACUUACGACCGGUGAUAAAUGAAACCAGCAGAACUGCAUGGAGUAUACCAAUAAAUUGGGCUACUCGCAGUAACCCCAACUUUAAAAAUACUCAAAAUGUUGUUUGGCUAGAAAAAAAAUCGAAAUCCAUUCAAAUAACAAAUCUAAACAGCGAUGAUUGGGUAAUUUUCAACAUCCAGCAAACCGGUUAUUAUCGGGUGAACUACGACACGAUAAUGUGGCGUCGCAUCAUCGAUGCCCUGAAUUCCAGCGAGUACUCCCUCAUCCACGAGAUCAAUCGAGCCUCCCUAAUUGAUGACAUGCUGAAUCUCGGGCGCGCAGGAUACUUGGACUACGACAUUGUCUUUGCAGGUUUGCGUUACCUCGCCAACGAAACUGCCUAUGCACCAUGGAAAGCGGCCCACAAUGGUUUGGCAUACCUUACCCAGCGCUUCGUCAAUCGUCCCGAGAUUUAUGACUCGUAUAGGAUCUAUGUGCUGUCCCUAUUGGAGCCGAAUUUCAAGAGAUUAGGAUUCGUCGAUAGAUUUAGGGAGCCCUACGCGGACACGCUCUUAAGGAAACUCGUUCUCGAAUUCUUAUGUAGCCUUGGUCAUGCUAUGUGCGUCAAGGAGUCUAUUCGGCUUUUUAAUAAGGAGCAGCACGAGCCGAGUUACAAAGUGCCGGCAAACCAACGUAGCUUUGUUUAUUGCACUGCCAUUAGGCAUGGAACAGCGGGAGACUGGAAUUAUCUGUGGACGAAAUUUGAAAAGUCAAAUUACGCCGAGGAAAACUUGGUUAUUUUAUCAGCACUGGCAUGCUCGGAAAAUUCAACGAAAUUAGAGACAUUGUUAUAUAAAACAAUUACAGCGGGUAAUCAAAUAAGACUUCAAGAUGCUAAAAAAGUAUUCAUCAAUAUCAUUGACAGCAGUGUCAUUGGAGUAAAAACAGCUUUAACAUUUAUGUCAUCGAAUUAUUUAAAAAUACAUAAAUAUUUCAACGAUGAUAGUACAAUGAAGAAUAUCUUUAAUUCAAUAUCAAAACGAUUGCCAACGAAUAAUAUGUUUAUACAGUUCGAACAUUUCGUCACUAAUAUCACGAAAUAUAAGCCAAGCAUGAGCAAAUCCCUUCAAUCUUCAUUGAAGCGCGCAAAAUACGAAUUAAAUUGGUACAAAGAGCGAGCUUCAAGAAUCAUUGUAUGCAUGGAGAAGUAUGAUUAUGAUUCAAACUAUCGUUUACCAACAUUUGCAUCGCCAGAACAUUAUGACAUUCAUCUCAAGCCAUAUUUGGAAGAGGAGAAUUUCCAAUUCACGGGAAGUGUCGCAAUUGACAUUAAUAUUAAAAUUGAUACAUUUAAAAUAGUCCUUCAUUCGGAUAAGUUAAUUAUGCAGAAAAUUUACGCGUCCGAUAAUUCGUAUGAAAUUCUGUCUUAUUCUCAUAACGAGAUAACGAAUAUAUUGACCAUUUAUUUCAAAAAAAUAAUAAACGCCGGAAGAAGGAUUAAAUUGAAUUUCGAUUAUCGAGGACAUCUGAGGGACGAUAUGUCAGGAUUUUAUAGAAGUUCUUAUACCGAUGAGAAUGGACAGAAGAAGUGGAUAGCAACUACACAAUUUGAGCCAACAUACGCAAGAAAAGCUUUCCCGUGCUUCGACGAGCCGUCAUUUAAAUCAAAGUUUACAGUACACAUUGCAAAGCCAACGGGAUAUCGAACUCUCAGUAAUAUGGGCUCAUCGCCUACAGAGAGCAUCGAUACUAACGAUCAAGUUUGGGACGAUUAUGAGACAACCGUUAAAAUGUCACCCUAUACUUUGGCUUUCGUCGUAUCUGAUUUCAAAAAAUAUCCUGAAACGAAAUCAAAACUAUCGGUGUGGUCUAAACCGCAAUUAAUCAACUAUAUGGAAUAUUCAUAUGACGUUGGACAAAAGGCUUUACAGAUUUUGGAGAAUUUCACGCAGGUUUCUUAUCCCUUAAAAGAAAUGAAUUUCGUUGCUGUUCCUGACUUUAAUAAAGGAGCUAUGGAAAAUUGGGGUCUCGUAACAUUCAGAGAGUAUGGUCUUACGUACGAUGCACAGGAAACUUCCGCAUCAUUCAAGCGAUACGUUAAUAUUAUAAUCUCUCACGAACUUGUUCACAUGUGGUUUGGUAAUUUAGUUACUUGCGAAUGGUGGGAUUUCACGUGGCUCAAUGAAGGAUUUGCUGAAUAUCUUGCAUAUUUAAUCACUGAUACGAUUGAGCCUACCUGGCAAGUAUUAAAGGAAUUUGUAAUUAAAAAUACACAUGCUGCACUUGAUGUUGACUCAUCACAAAAUUCACAUCCUAUGAAUAAUCAUGUUAAUACGCAGUCCCAAGUAGAAAAGGCAUUCGACAAAAUUGCUUAUGCAAAAUCUGCGGCCGUAUUAAGAAUGUUACAUCACACCUUUGGUAGCAAGAUCUUCUUCCAAGCAUUGAAGAAUUACCUAAAUAAUUACAAAUACAGAACUGCAAGACCAGAGUACAUCAUCAAUGAAUUUCAAGCUGCAAUAGAUGCAGAAGAAAUUGAACUUCCGGGAGGAUUAGAAGUCGAUGCAGGUACUUUUAUAAAUAGCUGGACGUCGCAAGCAGGAUAUCCAAUUGUUAACGCUACUCGUGUCGGUAACACUGUCUUCUUCUCUCAGGAACGAUUUCUCACAUCAUCUUCCAACGAAUCUGAUAAGAAGAAAGUAUACUGGAUUCCUAUAACCUACACAACUGAAAGUGAAUCUGAUUUUCAAAAUACAGUACCACGAUUUUGGCUCGGCAAUGAAGAGAAGCAAAUAAUAUUGCGACCAACUGAUACGUGGUUUGUUGUUAAUAUUCAAGAAUGUGGGUUCUAUCGUAUCAAUUACAAUGUGGAGAAUUGGCACCGACUAACCGCAAUUCUGAACAGCGAAAAAUUCUCAAACAUAGAAGUGGUCAAUCGUGCUCAGAUAUUAGAUGACUCUUUUAAUUUGGCUAGAGCUGGUUAUCUUGAUUAUGAAAUCGUUCUUGACAUUACGAAAUAUCUGAUUCGAGAGACGAAUUAUCUAUCAUGGAAAUCAUUGUUCAAUGGGCUGAAUUACCUUUCACAGAGGAUCGAGGGUCAAGCGGAUACUAAACGCCUUUAUGCUCGUUAUAUUUUGUCAUUAGUUAAUAAUAUUUAUGCAGAGCUUGGAUUUGAAGAAGAUCUGGAAACAGACAGUACUGCAACACAACUUAAUAGAGAACUUAUAUUGGGUGUAGCUUGUAAAUACGGGCACAGUGAUUGUAUAAAACAAUCCAAGAUUUACUUUACCAAAUCGACAGUUUCACCCAAUAUAGCGAAUGUUGUUUAUUGCACGGCCAUAGAACAUGGAUCGUCGAACGACUGGAGCAUAUUGUGGAAUAAAUACUUGAAAUCAAAAUUGUCAACGCAAAAUUUAGCGAUACUCAAAGGUCUUGGUUGCUCGAAGAAUUCAACGCUUAUUAGAAGGUAUUUGGACCUUGUUAUAUCAUCGGAUUCGAAAAUCCGUCGUCAAGAUAUACAAACUGUUUUGUUCACGAUUUAUGGCUCUGGUGAUGUGGGUUUGCAAACAGCUAUUACCUAUUUCGCAAGCAAUAUUCUGAAAUUAUAUACUUACUUUGGAAAUUGGGAAGAAAUUGGAUCCCUUUUCACAAAUAUGGCUUCCUAUAUCUCUUCAAGCGCACAAAUAUCUCUCUUGGAAAAAUUGUCAAAUUUGGUUUUUGCAUUUGAAAUACAAAGUUCCCUAAAAACAACUAUUAAGAUAGCCAAGUUCAACCUCAAUUGGUCGAAUCAAUAUUCUGGUAAAAUAAAUGCCUGGCUGUCAAAGAAUUACAGACAUCAUACAAAUGAUAUGACAAAAUUUAAUUCAUAUAAUCGACGUGAAAAUUUAUAUUAGGAUAGAA